AUGUGGCCACCAACUUUCUUCGUUUCUGCUGCGGCAGUGUUCCUCUGGUCUGGAGGAGCUGUCUACGGUCAAGAGCUUCCUCAUGUUGGGCACAUCGACUUCCAGGGCCGCUUCCUUGUAGCCAUCUCAGAUGCGGACAUGGUGUCUUCGGCUUAUACGGACGGUCAAAUUGGACCACCUCAGGGUUCGGAUACCCUGUCUAUCAUACAGAUUACAGACAAUCCCGAAACUUGGAAAGUCUCAAAUGUAUCUGUUGGAAAUGCAGUAGUUGGGCCGCCCACAGCAAUGACGGUUACUCCAAAUGGUCGCUAUGCGAUUGUUGUUGAGACUCUUGGGCCACGGUCGUCUGCAAACCCAAACACUACGAUGUCGGAACUACCCUCUUCCCGGAAAAUCACAGUCAUCGACCUCAUCGACUUGGAUAGACCUGCAGUAGUGGACACCGUUGAAGGUUUUCUUCAACCUUCAACCGUGUCAGUCAAUGCAGCUGGGGACCUAGUUGCGGUUACACAUACCCUUGCUGGAUCCGGAGUCGAGACACCGGUUGCUCUGUAUCAAUUUCAGCAAGGGAAGCUGUCGCUUUUGUCAACACCUGCUAUUCCUGACUGGCCUUCUGGAAAUCUUCUGAUGGACGCGGCUUUCCACCCAGAGCUGGAUAUCUUAGCCCUCACAGACUACUCACAACCCCGUUUGACUCUGGUCAGAGUAAUUCGACAAGGCUCCGAAACUAAGCUAGAACGAUGGGGAAAUUCGUUGAGUCUGGAGACGGCACCAUACACGGCGAAAUUCACACCGGAUGGACGAUAUGUUCUUUCUAAUGCCAUGUAUGUGGGCCCAGAUAUCGAGGCGCCUCGAGGAACGAUUUCUAGCAUUCGUCUGGAAGCAUCACAAGAACAAAAUGGGGACCCUCACCAUAGCAUUGUCUCUCGUGCUGAAGUCGGAGUCAUGCCGGAGGGACUUGCAGUCAGCCCAGAUGGGCUGUGGGCAGUAACUGCAAACCUGGAGCGAAGCACGCCUGCACUCGACAGCCCCAGCCAAGGAUUCUUCUCAUCCCUCAGCUUACUACGCGUGGAGCCUGCCAAUGGUACUCUAUCAACAGUUGGCACUUACGCCUUCGACGGUAUACUACCUGAGGGGGUCGUGUUUGACAGCUCCAGCCGUUUUGUGGCUUCGACGACAUUCGACCAGUAUGAUGGUCGUAUUCCUGGGGGCAGCAUCGAUAUGUGGCGAAUUUCGGGUGAUCAUGCCGAUCCUACUCGUGUAGAGUUUGUUAAGACGAGUGUUUCGGUUCCUGUUGUACGUGGUCCACACGUCAUUGCUAUGGUAGGGUAA